UAGAAGGAGGGCGGGGUGUAGUCUGCAGGGUGAUUGCGAUCUUCCUUCUCGUUCAUCCCCGGGUUAGCCGACUGCACGCGUGAAAGGGCUUUUUCUCCCAACGAUGGAACAUUUUGCUGUAGGCCUAUUCUGCUUGCUUUCGAGAGGCACUCGCUUUGGCAUUAGGAUUUGAGAGAGCGGGAGAGAGAUGGCUUCGCGAUCCAGCCACUGGAAUCGUCAACAGCAGUGGUAGAGAGUCUGUCGCGCUCGCCCCGCCGUCGAUGUUGCUGUCUGUUGCACGAUGAGCGUAGCUCUGCAAGAUUUGCGGAACAACGUAAGUCUGAUGUCCAGCUACAAGCGCGCAACAUUUGAGGAGGAGGAGGCGGCAGAAAACCCAGCCGAUGGAGGCAUGUCUCCGGACAGUGUGGAGGUUGGCUUCCGGAAGGGCGGCAUCCAACUCCUCAGUCCCCUGGGCAGGAGGACGCAGAUGGAGGUGGUGCUGGCUGGCGUGCUGCUUGCCUCUCUCCUCGCCCUGUUCGGAUGUGCCGUCACACUGGGCAUACGCUACAACAAAGACCCAGCGCGGAGCCUUUGUCUGACCGAGGCCUGUAUUACGGUGGCCAGUAAGAUCGUAGAGGCCCUGGACCGCAGCGCCGACCCCUGCCAAGACUUCUACCAGUAUGCCUGCGGGGGCUGGGUCCGCAAGAACCCCCUCCCUGAUGGACGCUCUCGCUGGAGCACCUUCAACAGCAUCUGGGACCAGAACCAGGCUGUCCUUAAACACCUGCUGGAGAACGGCACAUUCAACUCCAGCAGUGACGCCGAGAGGAAGACCCAGUUCUACUACCUGUCCUGUCUCAACGAGCAGCACAUCGAGGAGCUGGGAGCCACGCCCCUCAUUGACCUCAUCGCAAAGACAGGGGGCUGGAACAUCACAGGGCCCUGGGAAAAGGACAACUUCAUGGAGGUUCUGAAGACAGUGUCGGGCCCCUACCGUGCCCAGCCCUUCUUCACCAUCGGAGUCAGCGUGGACCCCAAGAAUUCCAACAGCAAUGUCAUCCAGGUGGAUCAAUCGGGGCUGUUCCUCCCCUCGCGGGACUAUUACCUCAACAAGACAGCCAAUGAGAAGGUGUUGAAGGCAUAUCUGGACUACAUGGUGGAGCUGAGCCUGCUAUUGGGGGGGGAUAAGAACUCCACACAAAGCCAGAUGCAGCAGAUCCUAGACUUUGAAACGGCGCUCGCCAACAUCACUGUACCGCCGGACGAACUUCGCGAUGAGGAGAAGAUCUACCACAAGAUCACCAUCGCCGAACUGCAGCUGUUGGCUCCGGCAGUGGACUGGCUGGACUACCUGUCCUCUGCCCUGUCCCCUCUGGACCUGAACGACACAGAGCCUGUGGUGCUAUAUGCCAAGGAGUACUUGCAGCAGGUGUCUGACCUGAUCAACAAGACUGAGCGCAGCCUGCUCAACAACUACAUGAUCUGGAACCUGGUGCAGAAAGGAGCGUCCAGUCUGGACCAGCGCUUUGAGAACGCCCAGGACAAGCUGCUAGAGAGCCUGUAUGGAACCAAGAAGUCCUGCACACCACGAUGGCAGACCUGCAUUGGGAACACAGAUGACACGCUUGGCUUCGCCCUGGGAGCACUCUUUGUCAAAGCUACGUUUGAUAAACACAGCAAAGAGAUUGCAGAGGGGAUGAUCAAUGAAAUCCGUACUGCCUUCAAAGAUGCUCUUGAUCACCUCAAGUGGAUGGACAAACAAACGCGUCAGGCAGCCAAAGACAAGGCAGACGCCAUCUACGACAUGAUUGGAUUCCCUGACUUCAUCCUGGAACCCAAAGAACUGGAUGAUGUUUAUGACGGGUAUGACGUCUCGGAAGAAAACUUCUUUCAGAACGCACUCAACUUCUACAAUUUCUCCGCCAGGGUGAUGGCCGAUCAGCUCCGCAAGCCGCCCAACAGAGACCAAUGGAGUAUGACCCCUCCCACAGUCAACGCCUACUACAUGCCCACCAAGAAUGGCAUUGUCUUCCCAGCUGGAAUCCUUCAGGCACCCUUUUAUGCCCAGGAUCACCCCAAAGCACUGAACUUCGGGGGGAUAGGAGUGGUGAUGGGACACGAGCUCACUCAUGCCUUUGAUGACCAAGGCAGGGAAUACGACAAAGACGGUAACCUUCGACCAUGGUGGCAAAAUUCCUCUGUGGAAGCAUUUAAGAACCACACGGAAUGCAUGGUGGAACAGUACAACGGGUUUACAAUCAAUGGGGAGCAUAUAAAUGGCAAGCAGACGCUGGGAGAGAACAUUGCUGACAACGGAGGCCUAAAGGCAGCCUAUAAGGCGUACCAGGCGUGGGUGCAGGAGAACGGUGAGGAGAAGAGGCUGCCAGCGGUCAACCUGACCAAUGACCAACUAUUCUUUGUGGGAUUUGCCCAGGUGUGGUGUUCCGUGCGAACCCCGGAGAGCGCCCACGAAGGACUCAUGACGGACCCCCACAGCCCCCCAAAAUAUCGCGUCAUCGGCACCCUCUCCAACUCGCCAGACUUUGCUGAGCACUUCCAAUGCCCCACUGGCUCCCCUAUGAACUCGGGUCACCGCUGCGUGGUGUGGUAGGGCCUUAGAGAACCAGUGGGGGGGUGCUGUCUGUGGAAGCUGUUUGGAGAAUCAAGAGGAGGAGGAAGAGAACCUCUAACUAAUCAUCUGAUGUUUUUUCUUCUAGUUUUCUUUUCUUUGUACAUGAUGCUGGAUUACUAGUGGUUUGUAGGUAGAGCAGGACAGACUCAGGUGAGCGAGAGGGAGGCACGUCACGUGGAGAGAAAUGUUGUAAUCAGCUGAUGUGUGUGUAAUUCCAGUGUUAUGGUAUUAUUCCUCUUUCUCCAUGCCCCAGUCAACCCCUCCACCGGUGGGGCACAAAGGCACGUUUUAUUUAUUAUUUGCUGGACUUGGUAGGGGGCCGGGGAGGAGGAGCCACUAUAGACUGUCUAUCCCCUCCCCUUUCUCUGUGCUACUGUGUUGUCUCUGUACUCGCUGUGUGUCCUGUUUACAAUUUAAACCGGAGCCCUCUACUGACUGAGGGCUCUCACUGAAACCACUGUAACAUCACAGGAUGGGUUCAGCUGCCUUUGUGACCUCGCAGGAAGCACAGAAACUUGGCUGUGACAUCACAGGAUGGGUUCAGCUGCCUCUAUGACCUCACAGGAAGUGCAGAAACUUCACCGUGAUUGAACAUUGUAUAUGGCUUUAUCUCAAAUGUCAUCCCUAUUCCCUAUAUUACUUGCCUUGAGGCACAUAAGGCUUCCUUCCACAAGAGAGAACCACUGCUUCCGGCCUGCAUUCCUUAUAUAGUAUACAUAUAGUACAAUGUGGCUGAUGGAGCCAUAUAGACUCAGCUCUCCCUCUUUCUCUGUUGCUUCACAUGAAGUGCACUGGCUUCUGUGAGUCCUCACAGACACCACUCAGCUCCCUCUGUGACAUCACAAUUCAUCUUUUUGAAUGUGCUUCAUUGUGACCUCAUAGCAGGGGUGAGGAUCUUAAUAUUCAAAAUAUACAAAAUCAAAAUCAUUAAACACAAAAUCAAUGGACAGGUGAAAGCAAUAUUGAAGCCUACUGAUAGGCCUUGCCACCAUAUUGCUUAUAGCUAUCCCAUUUCUUAAAGAUUGGUGGAGAGCAAUUUGAGUACAUAGAAAGGAUACAUAGGAAAGCCACUUAACAAUGUUGAUCCAACCAGGAGUAGGGUGCGUUGCCCCUAGAUGCUGAUCUUGGUUCAAUUUAGCAUUUUCCCCAACAAUGGUUAAGAUUAGGAAUAGGGGAGGGAAAGCUGAUCGGAGAUCUGUAUUUAAGGGAAACUUCACACUGAAGCAUCCAACCACAAGAUGAGCAGAGGUCCAUCUGGGACCUACAGACAGUGCUGGACUGGCUGUGACUCCGGUUGUAGGGACACUCACCACUUGCUUACCUGUGUGUUUUAGUUGUUGUUGUUUUUUAUUGGCAUAUUCUGAAGUUGACAAAGUUAAAAUGACAUUCUCAUUUUUAAAACUGCUUUUUGCCAAAGAUAUUAUUAUUAUCAUUUUUUGUUCCUUGUCUCCAGUUGAUUCUUUGUUUCUCUGUACGCUAAGGGGCCGAAGUUGUGUAUGUGUGUAUGAACAACCUUCGAAGCUUGUUUGAUGUUUACUGUGUUUAAGCUGUCAGCUUCAUUGCAAAAGGACAGUUUCUGCAUGUGUGUGUAUGCUUGCGGUUGUGUGGGUGCGUGUGUGUGCGUGUGUGUGUGCCUGUUCGUGGGUGCAUCCGUGCAUAGUGUGCAUAUGUACACGUGUGCAUAUGUUUGCAGAUUGCUUUGAUACUUCAUCCCCACUUACGUUGGACUAUCAACAAUGUCAAGUCAGCUGCAGUGAUUUCACCUCACAUUCCAAAAAGAUGUAUUUGAAAUGACUGGAUAUGUUGAAGAAGAAAUAUGUUCCUAAAGAACUCCUUGUUUGUACAUGCUCUACUCCAAAGUGCUGCAAGACUGUCUUUUCGUGAGGGAGGGUGGGUACAGGAUACCUUUGUUAAUCUGGAUAUUGUUGGACUCUUGUUCAAUCAAGCUAUGUUAAUGUUUUAUCUCUACUUGCUCCUGUCUGCACUUUGCAAAGUUGUUUCACUAGAAGACAUGGAGAUGUGGCAUUACUCAUGAGCAUACUAGCACUGCACCACACCAAAUCCUAACCCGUACAGGACAAUCCCAUUGUAUCACGACAGGUAGAUGGAGUUGUGCUGUCUAAUGUAAGACCAUGAGGUUUAACCAAUUACAGUCAGUUGAUAUUGGCUUCAAUCAGAAGCCCCCCUGUUUAGGUGAACUGCCCUGGAAAGAUCUGCCAUUCAAUUUCGCAACAAUAACGGACGCUGAUGAUUCAUCUUCCCAGUUCAUUAUAACGGUCAGUAUCAUACAUUUUGUGGAAUCAAAUAUCUAACACAGAGAGAGUUAGCUAUGUCUAUUCUGCACUACACAUUUAGAAUUGAGCGUUGUGCCCUCCAAACUCCAUGACGAGGUACACAAGGCCAGGGGUUAGAAGUCAGGGGGAAGUGCUUUCACAUAGAGGGUUGGUCGGGGUUAGCCUUAAAUAUUUACUUCAUGAAAUUACACAGGUCUAUAUUUAAAGUGCAAGCAAAAAUUAUAACUUGAAAGUGUGUAAAAGCCUUUAAUUAGCCAGCUAAUGUCAUUAAGUGUUCUCUAUUUGGUCUGAUGUGCUGUGUACCUGUCUGUCUCUGUCACUCCACAAUUCUCUUAUUUCUUCAGCCAUCUAGUCAUAUACUUUUCACACUAUCUGAACUGUAUUAAAGCCUGGUGAAGAGAAAGCUA